AUGACCCAGCAGGAGGUCGAGGAUGCACCAGAUGCUGUUACUGGUAUGGUCUUUAUUCAUGAUACACAUGCUCAUGUAUUAUUUGAUUUAGAGGUGAUUCAUUCAUUUAUUUCUAGCAUGUUUGCAUUGGGUAUUAAUAGGAUGUUAGAAACUAUGCCUAGGGAGUUAGUUAUUUUUACCCCUGUUGAUGAUGUGCUGGAUGACGCCAAGGAUUGGUUGUACUACUUAGCUCCAGGGUCAAACACUACUUGGAAUGAUCUAAGAAAGAAAUUUCUUGGAAAAAAUUUUCCAACUUCUAAAGCCCAUUCCAUAAGGAAAGAUAUCUAUGGCAUUAAACAAUUUGUGGGUGAAUCUUUAUCUAAGUAUUGUGAGCGCUAUAAACGAUUAUAUGCUAGUUUACCUUAUCACCAAAUUCCUGACCAAUUACUAAUUCAAUAUUUCUAUAGUGGCUUGCUAACAAAUGACAAGAACUCAAUCGACUUGGCAGCCGGAGGUGCUCUUGCUGACAAAACACCUAGGGAGGCCCAGGAGUUGAUAUCACGCAUGAUGGAGAACAACCAGAACUUUAGCACUAGGGCCAAUGAAUCUUAUUUGACUGGAUGCCCAAAGAGGAAUGGCUCAAGUCAAGUCUUUGGAGCCUGUGGAGUACCAGGGCACACAUCUGAAGCAUGUCCUCAAGCACAAGUAAAUGCAAUUGGGGGUUACCAGAGGAAGUACGGAAAUUCAACAGCUGAAAAAAGACUCCUUCCAGCUAUCAAAAGACAGAAAGGCCUAGCAGCAAAAGACCAGGGCGAGCAUGGCCAAUCUAGGAACUCAAGUCACACAGUUAGCUGCCGUAGUAAGGGUAGAGAUGCAUCGGAGAUGAUGCAGUGGAAUUCGGGAUCGUGCCACUGGGACUAUCGAAUAGAAAUCAAAGGUUCAGGGAAGUUGCCUGCACAACCAAACCAUGCCAACGUUGGUGCCAUCACACUGAGGAGUGGCAAGGAACUUUCGUCAGAUAAUCUAUCACCACCUAGUAAGAUCGAUGAAGAAACUGAAAACAAUAAGGGUAAAUCUGGAACACCAUCAUCCACUCCCAAAGUAAGUAAUCCUCCUUCACCUGUUAUUGAACCUUAUGUUCCUAAAGCUCAAUUUCCUAGCAGACUAGCACGACCAAAACAAGAACAGAGGGACAAAGAGUUGAUCGAAAUGUUCAAAAAGGUAGAUAAAUAUUCCUCUCUUGAAUUCAUUCUAGCAAAUCCCCAGACGCAUGAUGUGAUUGAUGAGAUUGUGUUGGAUGAUGAUAAUAAUUCUAGCAGUUGGUUGCCCCCUGUACACGGGAUUAAGCUAAAGGCUCUCCCUAGCCAUCUGAAGUACGUGUACCUAGGAGAAGGAAACACCCUUCCAGUCAUAAUCUCUAGGGAAUUGACACUACCCAAGAGGAAUCCUUGA